AUGAGUUGCACAUCUCAUAGACCACAGCAGAUUUGUUUUCUUCUCAGUUCACAUCAUACAUGUAAUAGUUUAUUUUUCAGCAAAUUCGUGACAUAUUUUUGCCUACUCUUUUUCGUUCUUCUUCUUUCGCUGAAGCUAGAUCAAAAAAUCAAUGUAGGAUAUGCUAUUGUAUUUCUUCCCAUAUGGAUCUACAACUUCCUUAUUUUUUCCGGUGCUUUAGUUGGAGUAGUGUCGUUCCUAUCCAGGCCACCUUCACAAAAUGACGUCGCUCUCCGUGUGGAUUUUACAGCUAUGCAAUUAACAACCGUGGAGCAUUCAUUUCUGUUCAUCUUUGCUCUGUUGACGUAUUGCAAGUUGGAGUUGUCGGUGUUCUUCCGGAACAACCUCGAGCUUCACUGGAUAAUUGUCUUUUCUCCGUUAUUUGCUUUAUCUAUUGCUUCAAUUGGCCUGGUAGUGUGGGCGAUGCGAAGAGAUAAGUCAUUCGAAUUCGAAUUGUUCUUCGCGAUCAAUAUAGUGCAGCUGUUUUUCCUUGCCUUCAAACUUGAUGAUUUAGUGGACUGGUCAUGGGCUGUUGUCUUCAUCCCACUAUGGGUGGUAUUGUCUUUGUCAGCAGUUGGAGUGUUGUACGCUCUCGUCCUUUCCAUUGUAUUAGCUCGAUCGCGUCAUCUCGUACCUUCGCAUCGAAGGCAGCACGUCACUUCUGCUCUUUUCCAUGCUUGUCUCGUAGUACCUGCGCUCAUUUGUAUGGUCCUGUUAACUGGAAAACUUGAUGCAACAGAAUGGGGCGAUAAUGAUCCUGCAGCUGAUAUGUCUUAUACGGCCGUAUUCUCUCCUCUUCUCGUUUCUUUACUCUGCCUUGUACUCAUGUCAUGUGUACACGGAGGCGGUAACGUUUGGUGGUUUGGUCUUCGUCAACCUUUCUGCACAGCUCUUCUGGACGCUUGCCCCUGUUUGAAGCAAUACGCUAAUGUG